AUGCCGAGGCUGCCGGGACGCGUCUGCGAUCCGUCGUUGUUUUCCAAACACUUGUACACAGCCUCCUUGAGAACCGGUCAACCCUCCACCACCAGCAUUAUCUUCUUCAGCACCACCAACCCUUUUCGAUAUCCCUUCUCUCCGCGCGGCACCUUCAAAAGCCCACCAUCUUCCAAUACCAACAAAACGGCUUCGACAAAGCCCAUCAUCGCAACCGUCCUCUUCUCAUUAGCCGCCGCCUCCGUAGGAGCCGUAGUCUACUUCCGCCCCGGGAUAGGACGAGACAUAGGACCAAACAACAACAUGUCGCACAAACUGGUCCCCUCGAAUCCGGACGAGGUGAUGGUGAUUCGGGAUGUCACUCCCAACGUGGUCACUUUUUCUGUUCCGUUUCUUAGGUUCGGGAAGAUCCCUAUUGGAGGGAGGGGAACUUUGGUCAAACUCUCCAACGGCACCCUAGCAGUCUUCUCCCCCGUCUCCCUCACCCCCUCCGCCCUAUCCAAGAUCUCCACCCUCGGCACAGGUCAAGUAUCCUACAUCAUCGCCACCGACAUCGAGCACCACAUCUUCGUGUCCGAAUGGGCGCGCGCCUUUCCCAACGCCAAAAUCAUCGGCCCCGAAGGUCUUCCCGAAAAGCGGAGCAAAGUGACCAACGACGAGCGCAUCGGUAACGAACCCUUUUCCGUGGUCUUCACCAAGGAGAACAAAUCCUCCAUCAGAAUCGACGACGCCUUUGAUCAGGAUUUCGAGUACGAAUACGUCGAUGCCCAUCCCAACAAGGAACUGGUGUUUUACUACAAGCCCGACAGGGUCCUGAUCGAGGCUGAUCUCAUGUUCAACUUGCCGGCUGUGGAGCAGUACAGCAAGGUUCCGGAGGAACAGAAACCGCAGGGGGGUUUCCUGACGAGGUUUUUCAUGGGCAUGAAUUCGACCGAGGGAGAGGCGAAGGGGAUCAAGCGGUUUUUGUGGUAUGCGAUUAGUCGAGGCGACAGGACGGGUUUUAAUGCGAGCGUGAGGAGGAUUCGGGAGUGGGGGUUUGAGACGAUUGUGCCCUGCCAUGGGGAGACGAUUGUGGGGAACGGGAAGGAGGUGUACGACAAGGUCUUUGAGUGGCAUUUGGUAGGGCAUAAAUGA